AUGCCGACGCUAGCGCUGAAUAACUUCAACAUUGUCUGCGCGACGCUCGGAACCUUUGUGUCCCUCUUCGGACUAGUCUCCUAUCUAUGCAAGGAGCGAUUUUACCUCUCCGAAGCAUUAAUCUCGCUCCUUGCCGGAGUCGCAUUCUCCCCUCAUGCGGCCAAUUUUAUCAGGCCCGAGGACUAUGCCCUGCAUAACGACUUGAAUCUCGAGGCUAUUACCCUGAACUUCACCCGUCUGGUUCUGGGUGUGCAGCUGGUUUUGGCCGGAGUUCAACUUCCCAAGCGGUAUCUCCACAUCGAAUGGCGAAGCCUGUCGCUGUUGUUGGGACCGGGGAUGGCUGCCAUGUGGAUGUGCAGUAGUCUGAUCAUCUGGGCGAUGAUCCCCAACUUCAGAUUCCUCCAUGCUCUGGUUGUCGCCGCCUGCGUGACCCCGACUGAUCCGGUGCUGUCUAACUCCAUUGUGAAGGGCAAAUUUGCGGACAAGCAUGUCCCGCGUCCGCUGCAGCGCAUUAUUGUCGCGGAAUCUGGUGCUAAUGAUGGCCUUGGAUAUCCGUUCCUUUUCUUUGGUAUUUACGUCCUCAAGUACACUGGGAUGGGUGGCCAGGGAUUCAGUGGCGGUGCUGGCAAAGCGAUGGCGAUGUGGUUUGUGGAAACGUGGGUGUAUACCAUCAUUUUGAGUGUUAUUUAUGGUGCGGUGGUCGGCUGGCUGUCGAGGAAGCUGCUUCACUGGGCGGAGGAAAAACACUAUGUGGAUCGGGAGAGUUUCCUGGUUUUUGCUAUUGCUCUUUCGUUGUUUAUCGUGGGUACCUGCGGCCUUAUCGGCACUGAUGACCUUCUGGCAUGCUUCAUUGCAGGCAAUGUGUUUACCCAAGACGAUUGGUUCCGCCUCGAGACAAUGGAUGAUUCGCUUCAACCAACAAUCGAUAUGCUUCUCAACUUGGCAGUAUUCAUGUGGUUUGGCGCAGUCUGCCCAUGGUCAUCUUUCCUUCACAACGACAUCAUUCCCAUCUACCGACUCAUCUUCCUGGGUAUCCUUAUUCUUUUGGUUCGCCGCAUGCCAAUCAUCUUCGCCAUGCACAAGUACAUCCAUCAAAUCGAGCAUUUCCAGCAGGCUGCAUUCGUGGGCUUCUUCGGCCCCAUCGGCGUCGGCGCUAUCUUCUACCUCUCGGUCAGCCGAGAAUUCCUACGAGAAAUCACAGUCGACGGCCAAGUGCGAGCGGACGCACAGCAGGUGAUGGACGCAGUGAACAUCGUGGUGUGGUUCCUGGUAGUCUGCAGUAUCGUUGUGCACGGCAUGUCAGUCCCCAUCGGCAAAGCCGGCUACCACCUCCCGCGCACCAUUUCCAGCGCCAUCAGCACCAGCAUCGGCAAUGAGCCGGAAUCAGUACCCAUCUCGAAUGUCCGUCACACCCACAGUACCGCGACGCCUCAAGACAAUGGAACAUCAUCCAAUUAUCGUUCUCGCAAGCGCGGUGCACGCGAAUCACCGCGCCCGCCGCUGUUCCGCAUCGGUCGCAGUAUUAUUCGUCCUCGGUCUCCUUCGGAUCAGCCUGGUGUGGGACAGACCGAUGAACCGGAGAGACCGGUCAAUGUGGUUACCCAUGACCAUGUUAUUGGUACCCCCAAUCAAGACCACCAGGGCUCCAGAACUCCUGUCUGA